CAUCACAUGUUUACACGGCCAGAUCCAGGGUAUGCUGCAACCCGGUAUGGAAAAUGGAGACGCUGCACUAGCACUGCCUACACUAAAGAUCAAUUAAUACUCAUGUGAUUUUUUUAGACCAGACAAACCGGUAUUAAUAGCAUCCGGUUUGAAAAGCAGACGGACACCGGCCAACGGAAGCAUGGAAAUCUUUGGGAAUUCAGAGCGCUUUACAGGUUUUCCACCUAUGGAACUGGGAAAUGACAACACGGCUCAGACUCUUUAAAUGCAACUGGUACAUCUGGUUUAGGAAUGCCGGCUUUCGACGAACACGAUUGUAUGGAUUUGUAGUUUUAGCUCGUAAGAAAUUAGCGCUGAGACCAAAAAUCGAUUAGUCAGCUAGUUUCGUUGUGUGUUUUAGCUGUUAUUGUUAAUCCUAAAUAGUGUUUUAGAAAUCUUAUUAGAUAUGGGUUUUUAUAUAUAUCAUUUAUAACGUCGGUGAAUUUUAGUAGAACUUUUUUUUCCCCAACGAUACAAACAACGGUAACUGUAAAAAUGCGAUCUCUGGCGCCGGGAAUCAAACUCAUUACUUCUUUCUCUCGAGACAGCUGGUACCGGUUCUUCAUCCUCAUCCUCACAUUUGUCUUCUACACCACCUACCACCUCUCUCGAAAACCUAUCAGCAUUGUCAAGAGCCAGCUACACAGAAAUUGCUCUAAUAUUAUUCAUCCAGCAGACCUCAAUAUUACUGACAAUGACACCUGGUGUGAUUGGGUUCCUUUUGACCAGAACAAUUACCAGAACCUGUUUGGAGUGUUGGACAACUGCUUUCUUGUUGCAUAUGCUAUUGGCAUGUUCUUUAGUGGGAUAUUUGGAGAGCGCUUGCCCUUGCGUUACUACCUGAGCUCCGGGAUGAUUCUCAGUGGCCUUUUCACUGCUCUGUUUGGCCUGGGCUUUUACUGGCAAAUCCACUCUUUGUGGUAUUACUGCUUAGUUCAGGCCUUAAAUGGGCUGGUGCAGACUACAGGCUGGCCGGCAGUGGUAGCGUGUGUUGGGAACUGGUUUGGGAAGGGAAAGCGUGGAUUUAUCAUGGGGAUCUGGAAUUCUCACACCUCAGUUGGAAACAUUCUGGGAUCUCUAAUUGCUGGGGUCUAUGUGUCGUCCGCGUGGGGCCUGUCAUUCAUUGUGCCUGGUAUCAUCAUCGCAAUUGCUGGAGUCAUCUGCUUUUUGUUCCUGGUUGAAAAACCUGAGGAUGUUAACUGUGCUCUACCACAACACCAUGAGAGCGUGGAGCAGGAGCCUCUACUCAGGAACUCGUCCAGUAAUGAGGAGAUCUUCAGCAGUAACACCUCCACAGCCGUGGAGCCGGUGGAGGAUCACACAGAAGCCAUCAGCUUCUGCGGCGCGCUCAGGAUUCCUGGUGUGGUGGAGUUCUCCUUGUGCUUGCUUUUUGCCAAGCUUGUCAGCUACACCUUCCUCUACUGGCUUCCCUUAUACAUCGCUAAUGUUGCUCAUUUUGAUCCUAAAGAAGCUGGGGACCUGUCUACGUUGUUUGAUGUUGGAGGAAUUGUGGGUGGCAUCCUGGCUGGGCUGAUAUCUGACUACAGUGGAGGAAGAGCCACUACAUGUUGUGCGAUGUUGAUCAUUGCUGCUCCUAUGCUGUUCCUGUACAAUAAGAUCGGGCAGAACGGCUUGCCGACCACCAUUGGCAUGUUGCUCUGGUGCGGUGCUCUCGUGAAUGGACCAUACGCCCUAAUCACCACUGCUGUAUCAGCUGACCUCGGAACCCACGAGUGCCUGAGAGGGAACUCUAGAGCACUGUCCACUGUGACCGCCAUUAUUGACGGCACUGGAUCAAUAGGUGCCGCUGUUGGGCCACUGUUGGCUGGUCUGAUCUCUCCCACUGGGUGGAAUAAUGUUUUCUACAUGCUCAUUGCUGCUGAUGUGCUGGCUUGUCUGCUAUUGUCCAGGCUCGUGUAUAAGGAGGUCAGAGGAUGGUGCGGAUACACUACAAGGCUGAGAGGGUUCAAAGAGAUCUGAGCUGCCUGUCGAACAAGAGAAUAUCACACCUGUGGUGGAAAAUUACCUGCAGCAUAACGACAAAAAGGGACCAUGGACUGAUCCAACACACCAAGCCUUUUUAUGCCCAAGGGUUAUUUUAUAUGAAAAUUGUAACAUGAGACUUUCAUCCUUUUUAUACUGACAAUGGAACAAAGCUCAGCUACUGCGGUGAAGGAGGAGGAGAGUUACACACACCCUCGUCCACACGUGGCCUGAGCGGGACAAACACAAGAGGAUCACUAAGCUUCUUCAUUUUAAUACAGGAUGUUUUUAGUGACUACUUAAUACAAAUGUACCUUUUAAGCAUUAAAAUAUGCCGUCAGUGCUUUGUCCCUUUA